AAGGGGAAAUUUCAUUGAUACCCAAAAACCCUAAUCGAUACUUCUAGACUAUUCCCCCAUCCAACUCCCAGGGUUUUAGAAUCCUCUCCCCGACUCUUUAAAUUGUACACGUCCUUUCCCAACGCCGUCUUCUCUUCCGUGUCUUAAACCUCCAAAACCCUAACCCAGUUCCCUCUCUCUAUCACAGUUGUUCUACCUCUCUCACUGUGGCUCUACCUCUCUCUCUCUCUCUCUCAAUGUAUCGUGCAGCUGCGAGACUUGCCUCCAAGGCACGGUUCUCAAAUGCCAGCCAACAGAUUGGUAGCAGAGUGAGUUGGAAUAGAAACUAUGCAGCAAAGGAUAUUAAGUUUGGGGUUGAGGCUCGUGCUUUGAUGCUUAAGGGUGUCGAGGAGCUUGCUGAUGCUGUUCAAGUAACCAUGGGACCGAAGGGCCGUAAUGUUGUUAUUGAACAAAGCUUUGGGGCUCCUAAAGUCACAAAAGAUGGUGUGACUGUUGCAAAGAGCAUUGAGUUUAAGGAUAGAAUUAAGAACGUGGGCGCAAGCCUUGUCAAACAAGUUGCAAAUGCCACAAAUGAUGUUGCAGGAGAUGGUACCACUUGCGCUACUCUCCUAACACGUGCAAUAUAUGCUGAGGGUUGCAAGUCGGUGGCAGCUGGGAUGAAUGCAAUGGACUUGAGGCGUGGUAUCACCAUGGCUGUUGAUACUGUUGUCACCAGCUUAAAGAGCAGGGCACGAAUGAUCAGCACAUCAGAAGAAAUUGCACAGGUUGGCACCAUAUCAGCAAAUGGAGAAAGAGAGAUUGGAGAGUUGAUAGCAAAGGCUAUGGAGAAGGUUGGCAAAGAGGGAGUCAUCACCAUUGCUGAUGGAAAGACUUUAUACAAUGAAUUAGAGGUUGUUGAAGGAAUGAAACUCGAUAGGGGCUAUAUAUCCCCAUAUUUCAUCACCAACCAAAAAACCCAGAAAUGUGAACUUGAUAAUCCCCUAAUUCUUAUACAUGAAAAGAAAAUUUCGAGUUUAAAUGCAAUUGUCAAAGUAUUGGAGCUUGCCUUGAAGUUGCAACGCCCUUUGUUGAUAGUUGCAGAAGAUAUCGAAAGUGAUGCGCUCGCGACACUCAUUUUGAACAAGCUCCGUGCUGGGAUUAAAGUUUGUGCCAUUAAAGCUCCUGGCUUUGGAGAAAACAGGAAGGCUAGCAUGCAGGAUCUUGCCACACUCACUGGUGGAGAGCUUAUUACUGAGGAGCUUGGUUUGAACCUCGAAAAAGUGGAACCGGAUAUGCUGGGUACUGCCAAAAAGGUCACUGUAUCUAAAGAUGAUACAGUGGUUCUAGAUGGGGCAGGUGAAAAAAAGGCCAUUGAGGAAAGGUGUGAUCAGUUGCGAUCUGCCAUAGAAGCCAGCACUUCGGAUUAUGACAAGGAAAAGUUGCAAGAGAGACUAGCAAAACUUUCUGGAGGUGUGGCUGUUCUCAAGAUUGGAGGAGCCAGUGAAGUUGAAGUUAGUGAGAAAAAGGACAGAGUUACAGAUGCUCUAAAUGCCACCAAGGCAGCUGUUGAAGAAGGCAUCGUACCAGGGGGUGGUGUUGCACUUCUUUAUGCAUCAAGGGAGCUAGAAAAGCUGCAUACUGCCAACUUUGAUCAGAAGAUUGGUGUUCAAAUUAUUCAGAAUGCACUUAAGAUGCCUGUGCACACUAUUGCAUCCAAUGCUGGAGUAGAAGGUGCUGUGGUUGUUGGGAAGUUACUUGAACAAGAUAACCCUGAUCUUGGAUAUGACGCAGCUAAAGGUGAAUAUGUUGACAUGGUUAAGGCAGGAAUAAUUGAUCCCUUGAAGGUUAUCAGAACUGCAUUGGUGGAUGCUGCUAGUGUAUCUUCUUUGAUGACGACAACUGAGGCUACUGUUGUUGAGCUUCCUAAAGACGAGAAAGAGAUGACUCCGCCCAUGGGUGGUGGGAUGGGUGGAAUGGAUUACUAGAGGCAGUGGAAGAGCAUAGUGUGCGUGUGUGGAAAUCUGUCAUAAGGCAUUUAAAAUCCCUUGAGUGAAUCCUUCUCCAGGCUUUGGUGUGUUCUCCAAUUCUCGGAUUACAGGAACAUUUGGAGCUAACUUGUAAUCAAAGAGGUGACUAGGAAGUUUUGGUUUAUUUUAUCUUUGUUCACCAGUUUAUUCUUGUGGGCGUAUGCAGCAGUGAUCAUUAUUGGUCUCAUUUCCAAUGUCUUUUCUAAGGUCUGUUUCAAUGGCGACUCUAAUAUUGAUAAACUUGGUUACGAGUUGUAGCAUUUUUCCGAACAUUUAGCAUAUGCAUUUUUCCGAACA